AUGAUGGUAUGCCACAAGGUUGCGUACUGUCCCCUAUUCUGUUUCUUCCUAACUUACCUAUUACCAGUGCAACUGCCGAAAGAGCUGCAGCACAUGAAAUACCAAGUCCGAUAUCGUGCGCCGUCUCCGCCACCAGCCGGCGUGACUCGGACACCCGAGGAGAUAGAAGCGGAGAUCAAGAGGGUAGAGGCUGAAUACGAGAAGCUCGCCCUGGUUUUUAUCGAGCUACCGCUGGACGUGAUGUGGUCUGAGCCACCGGUGAUUUGCCAGUGGUACGAGCCCCGUCUGCUUUGGAUCAGCACCUUCGUCAACGACUACAAGUUCAAUGAGGACAAGCUCACUGUGCAGUUCCGGACUGGUGUGCUGUGGCCUAUUGGAAUAGCGACGUUAAAGUACAGUAACAUGCCUUACCAAGGGUGGGAUAUUAGACCGGACUACGAGAGUGAAGGCGUGAUUAUAAGCGUCACCGGUGUCUCGGUGACAGUGACCUGGCUGUGCGUCGGCAACAGAGUGAAGUUACGGUGGAUAGCGAAUGCGACAACACCAGCCCUCAAAAACCAUUUCGGGAAACCGUACAGCGUGAAGAAAAUGAUUCAGCUGAUGCGAGAGGCCGCGUGCGAUUUCUUCCCGGACUUCGACGCCCACAACCACGUGGAAGGUAGCUGCCCAAAGGAAUGGGUGGCGGAGCGGCACAACUACCACGCCAUGGCCUUCUUGUCCAGGGCCUACAACUUCCAGUGGAGCAGAUGGAACGUAACAGCGGGCCCUAGAAAUAUUGUGAUGCAAAUACGUGAAGCUAUUGACAGAAAGAGAGAGGCGAAGUUUCAACUUCUGCACGUGACACCUCAACGCGCCACUAUACUAAAGUGCAACGAGCUCUCGCAGGAGUUCAACUUUGAACCUUUACAAGGUCUUCAAUUCUACCCAGACCUGUUCACGCUGAACAUGUCCUACGGCUCAGUUGACGCGCGAAGGUCGGCCUUCACGAUGAGCUACAAGCUCGUGGAGACGGUCUUCGGCAUGCUUCAGGAGCUGAAGCUCUGCAGCUUCUCC